GGCAGCCGUCGAUCCCCGGGGCAACCACCGCUGGGUCGCAUGACUGGUUGUAGCCGAUCUCCGGGGCAACCCGAUCGUGGUUGUGUUCCAUCUCCGGGGCAACCACCGCUGGGUCGCAUGACUGGUUGUAGCCGAUCUCCGGGGCAACCCGAUCGUGGUUGUGUUCCAUCUCCGGGGCAUCCAGCGCGUGACAGCGACCGGUCCCCGAGGCAACCACUGCCGGGCGGCCCCUGCGGGUCUCCGGGGCAACCGGCAGGUGAAACCAGCCCGGCCCCGCCGCAGCGGCGAGUGGGGCGCGGUGACGCCACGGCCGGUAACGGGACCGACACUGAACCGGUAGAUGCCACUGCCCGGGCCGACACGGUACGAGCUGAUGUCGAGACCGGGACCCGCAGGCCUGGCAGUCGAGCAUCGCCUGCCCAGGGUUGGGCAAGCGGGAACGUGGUUCCGGAGCGGGGCGCUGGGCUUCAGGAUGCGGUGGUCACCGCCGGACAGAAGAGGACAGAGCCCCGGCAAGGAGUGAGCGGUCUGGGAGAGGCGGUCCGGAUCCCUGGAGGGGCCGAGAUGUCCCCGAGGAUAUCCAGCCCGCAGGGCAGCGGCGGGCGGAUACUGGCACUCGGCAAUGAGAGUCUGGAUGUUGGAGAAGGCUUGUCAAGUCAGCAACUGGUCAAAGCACAUGCCAGAGCUGGAGCAGAUAAGGAAACUCACCUGUCAGGAACGUCUGUGUCACUGGAGAAGAUGUCGACAGAAGAAGUUUGCAAAUGGCUGACAGACUCUGGCUUUCAAUCGUGUGUCCAUCGUGUCAUAGAGUUUGGGAUCACUGGCAGACAGCUUGCCAACACUGACUCCGAGUUGUUUGACCAGCUGCAGCUGCAGGGAGCCGAGGACAGAGAGAGGCUGCUAUUUGCCCUGUACCAGGAGCUUAACCCAUCUGAUAUGAACGUUGAAGAGAUCCUGGGAAGCACUGACAUUGACAACGUGUUCUCUGGCGUGGAGUUAACAAUGGACAGGCCAGGUUCAGAGGAUCGGAUAUCAGGAGAACAUUUACUUCAGGCGAACUCCAGUUACAUAAAUCUGGAGGAUUUGGCGCUGGAAUCAGUGAUCAAGAACUCACCGGGUAACAUGGACAUGUUAUACAGUCACCAAACUCAGCAACUAGUUCAGGACACACCAUCUAAAUCUGUGCCAUUGUCUCCUGCUACUUUUGAACAGGAUCAGAUGCCUCUGCUGAAUCGGAGAGUGCUUGAACUGUCAAAGGUGGUGGACGAAGGGCUGCGUGAAGCCGGGCGCCAAGUCCAGGAGUGUGAUCUGUGGAAACCACUGGAUCUGGUGCUGGUGAAGGACCGGCUGGGACAUAUCCAAGAGAUGAUGGAAGAGGUGGAAGAGAAUAUUUUGCAAAUCGAGUUAGGGCGGCAGUCCUAUAGUUGGGAAGACAGGAACCUGGCCAAGGCCUCGGGUGAAGGUACUGCUCUGGAGCUGCACCUGAUCCAGCAGAAGGUGGUAUUAUUGCAGCUGAAACAGCGGUUCUGUCAGGCGAAAACACAGCUCCGUGUGAACGGCCUCCAGGACCUGCUGCAGCAGGCAAAGAAACCCCUCUCACCCCUAGUCCCUUCAUCAGCCCAGUUACUACAGGUGGAGGUGGACACGGACCCACGAAAGCAGUGGGUCAGUCUGGACAUGGAUCCAUCAGGGACCCCCAUGGUAACGUGGUCUGUGUUACCAGUACUGGCUGAAGGAGAUCGGCUGAUUGAGAUCAACGGAAGGAGUGCACGGAAUUGCUCUGUGGAAUCUUUGGAGCAGAUGCUUGGUGAAGCAGGCACUACCCAGAUCUUGGUCCUGCGGAAUGGGGAGAGGCAGCCCAGGAAGUUGGCAGAAGGUGCCUGCGCUCUGGAGUGCGCCCUCAAGGAGCUGACAGACCUGCAGUCUGACUUCUUCGCUACCAGUGUUGAGCUGUCAGCUCUCAGGAACGAGAAGGAGGAGAUGUGGGCCGAGAUCCAAAAGCUUCGGGAACGAGAGUCCCUCCUUCUGCAGGAGAACAAGCGAGCCCUUCAUUCAGCUGACAUACUGAAACAGCUGCUGGAGAGGUCAGAGUGCCGGUGGGUAUUCCUGAAGGAGCAGCUGGAAGCAAUGAAAGGAGCCUUUCAGCUGGAGACAAAGAAGCUGGAUACAGUGGAGGCAAGGCUGAAGGAAGAGAUAGAUGCUCUGAAACAUAAAUCGUGCCAGGACGACAAGAAAAUCAAAGACCUCGCAGCAGCAGUUAAAGAGAAGGAUGUUACUUCUGAACAGCUAAAGCUGGUGCAACGACAGAAGUCUCCGGUGAAUGUCAAGGAGGGCGUGCAGCUCCCGAAGCAGCUGGAGGACAGACGCCAGCAGUCCGAGACCCCGUGUGGAGAAUGGCCGCACUCCCCAGGCCCACAGGCAGAUGGCCAGGGAUCGCGACCCACCUCGGGGCUGGCAGCCACUGGCAGUCGGUGUCUGGACCACCGGGCCUGCGGUGACCGGCAGGUAGAUUGCCAGGCGGUGCCACAGGGGCACAGUGGUGAGGACAACUGGUCCUGCUCGCAAGGUGAAGGACGCGGUCUCCCAGCGCGACAUCCGCACCGGGAACCAGGGGGCCUGAAGAGACACCAGCCACACAACCAACAGGAGAAGGUCCCCACACGGCAGGAGCCCUUGCUGGACAGGGCAGUGCGUGAUCCCGAGCAAGGGCAGCGAGCGGGUGAGGACUUGCGCCAAGAGGGCUGUCGCUGGGAGAGCCCAGCAGAAUCUGACACCACACCACCUUCUUCCAACCAGACCGACCAGGGCCAGUCUGCAGCCCAUCUCCAAAGAAGCGAGCGGGAUUCCCACUCUGGGAGACCCUUCGACCGACGGCAGCGGAAUCCCCAUCAGUGCUGCGGCGAAGACCAGGGCUGGGACCCAGGCGGAGGAUGGGGCCAGGGGUGUCACGGCUGCCGGAAACCUGGCCACGGGCACGUCCGUGCGGUAGAAGAGCGGCCAGCCCGAGGCACUGAGGCGAGGGAGAGGGGCCGGCCAGUGCCCCACACCUGCCGGCGAGUCCGGCCGAAGGUGUCCGGGGAUCACCUCCUGAGGCUGAGCGUCAGGCUGGGAGAGCAACCCGCCGCUGUGCCGCGGGGUGGACCGGAGGAGCCGCCAACCAGGGCACGCCACAAGAAGCGUGUGUCGCACCGCUUGGCAGCGAAGAGGCACCUCUGCUCAGAACAUGAUUUUGUAACAGACUCACUUAACACUAAGCUCCACAAAGAACGGAGGGCAGAGUUUGUUCUGACCUCUCAGGAUCUAUCAAAAGAGACCACUGUGAAGAAGAAGCAGCUGGCUCAACUACUGCAGAUGGUGGCAAAUCACACCUCCCAUCUUCUCAAGGGAAACAUGCUGGAAAACAGCUAAAAGGUCCUGCUGCCAGGAGGCAAUGAGAAUAUUCCAAGACAACGUGAAGCACAAACUCGUUAUAGAUCUUUUACAGAGGGAUGGAGUUGUUGAACGUCACACCAGCUAGGAUUCCAGAACCUUUCUUCUCU